CGGUCUGAAAGGCCCAGGUGUUCUGCUUUCAGCGACAGAUGAAGGGGGGGACAACUGAGCGGAGGCGUUUCCGGUGCUUCGCGGUUGCCAUAGAAACCGACGUAAAGAUGGCGACCGUGACGACUUUUCAAUAGAGGAUAAGACCCGGUAAGAGGAGCAGGUUCCCGCCAUCAGGUGUUUGGGACUCAGCAGAGGAGGUCCUCCUGUGGCUCCAGCUCGUUGCGGAUUCUCCAGCUUCUCCUCUCCCGCCUUCUGGUCCACCGUUUUCCCCGCCACAGUCUGACCAUUUAUUUUUUAAAUCUUUUUCUCUUCUAUGGGAGGAGGACUCUCCUUUGGUAGGGAGGUGCACAUCUCCUGACGAACCCACUGUGAGGGCAGGCUCGCAUAGAUGUCUGUAGGGAGCUGUUCUCUUGGAACUUAAGAAAGAAGAUGAACUAUUAGCUUGGAUCCAAGAUCUGCCAGUGGAUCUGCUGUAGAGCUUGUCUACUUUGGAAGCAAGGAAGGAGGAGAGAAUCGCACAGGAUCAGUGCAGGUUGGCGUGAGAAGGAGGCCUGCCUGGGUAGAACUGUAGGGGAGUGGUGUACACCAGCAUGGGGUCAGAAGGGCUGGGUGCUCCUUAGCCUCUCAUGUUCUCAUCUCAGCAAGCUUUCCCACAGUCCGAUCUCCUGUUUGAUGUAGAGGAAAGAGUGUGUAGGGCCUGGGCAGGGUAUUGUUUGGGAGUAGUGAGAGUGUGGAAGGGAUAAAAUGAGGACGCAGGUUUUCUACUGAUCGAUUUGUACCACACAGUCAGUCUCUGCUAUUUCUUUCAUGUCUCUCUAUGUGACUUUGUGCAUAGAGCAGUACAGUGGGAAGAGACUCAAAGCCCCGUUUCAUUCUUCCAGAUCAGGUCCAUCUUCAGUGGCAGCUGUGGUGGCCUCGGAGUGGCAGAAGAACAUCCCUCUGAGCAGGUCUGCACCCAGGAGCCGUCAUCUUCCUCCAGCCUGAGUGUGCCUCUGCCCUCUGUCUGUAUUAUUAACAGAGGCUGUGUGUUUUCAGAGGGGACUCUGUGACUGUCGAGCCGACAAUUGACUCUGACUGUUGCUUCCAAGGCUAUAGGCUGACCCAGUGAAAGAGUGUUAAGACACUGACCCAAGACACCUUGAGUUGUAAGGCCGAUACCGAAUAGGGCUACAUAACAAGACUUCAGCCAUGUCUGAGAAUAAGAGUGGAACCCAUGCUAAAACUAGGAAAGGGGCCGGCAUAAAGGCUGAAGCAGAGAGGGAGGCUACUGGAAUAGUCAAGGCCAGGGCAGGGUUUGAGACAGAUGCAGUAGCAGAGACUAAGGUUGCUACUGAGAUGAAGACAAGAGCCCUGUCAGAGCCUACAGCUCUGGUCAAAGGCGUGGCUAAGGCCAUGCCUAGAUCCUGGGCCAGGUCAGGGGAGGAGAUGAAUACAGACUUUGGUCCCAGGGCUGAGGAUGAGGCCGCUGUGGUAUCUGGUUUUUCUUGUGUGGCUGAGGAGAGUGCUGCAUCUGGGGCCACACACAAAGAUGAGACUGAUACUGAUGCCUGGUUCUGGGCUGGGGAAGAGGCUGGUGAUCAGGCCAAUGUUAAGGAAGAAGGUGAAACUGAUAUUGGUGCCUCAAUCAAUACUGAGGAGUUGGGAAUAGAGGCUGCUACUGGGGCCAGCUGGAAGCCUAGGCCAGGGGCGGAGGAGGGGGAGGAGGAUGAAGAGGAGGAGUGGGAGGACUACGAGGAGGAGGAGGAGGGGGAAGUCGUUAUUGGGAAGUGGUUCUGGGUUGGAGAUAAAAUUAGUUUUGACCCUAAUCCUAGACCUGUGUACAGGAUAGUUAAGCCCUGGGUAACAUGUGAAAUUGAUGAAAGAAAUAGGCCCAAGGACUGGUCUGAGGUAACUAUCUGGCCCAAUGGCCCUGCUGAAAUUCCGGCAUUGUUGGCAUCUGGAUACCAGGUCCCGUCGAGGACAAGGCCUCUUUCACAUACUGCCCAGUCCUCAGCUGAGAAAAACACGGGUUCCCUGCCUGCGGCAGAAGCCGGUCUUCAUGAGGGCACUUCCAUAUGCCUACAGUCUAUAGACGCGUACCCAUUUGAUUCUGAGACUUGCACUCAGGCCAUAGAGAAGAUCAGAGGGCAGAUCAGGAUCAGGGAGCUGAAUGGGAUUAGGCCAUUUCCUUGCCCUUGCAAAAUGGAAUGCCGCCUGAAUUCUGAGGACUUUGAAAAACUUGUUAGCUUACUUAGGUCAAAUGCUGAUCCCGUCAUUCAUAAAAUAGCUCAAAUUGCAAUGGGUGUCAUCAAGGUUCAUCCCCUUGCCCAACAGCUCAUUAAUGAGAUGGGUGUGCUGACUGUUAUUGAAAGCUUGCUCCAUUUUCAAUUCCCGGACAUGACAAAAAAGGCUGAAAUUACUCUGAAUCCCAUUUCUGUGGAGGAAAGACAACGCAGGAAUAUAAUACAUGUUGUGCAUAUGUGUAAGGAAACUGUGUCUUUUCCCUUGAACUCACCUGGUCAGCGAUCUGGAUUAAAGGAAUUAGGGCAGCUGAGUGCUGACCGUGACCAUCACUUCAUUGUUGCCGCUUACCUUCCAGAGCUUUCCCGUAUGCUAUCCCUGGGAAAUCAUAAAACCAGAAAUCUGGUUUUGAAAGUACUUUUGAAUAUGUCUGAAAAUCCCAUUGCAGCAAGAGACAUGAUGAAUACUCAGGUAUUGUCAGCAUUAAAACUCAUCUUUCACCAGAAAGAGGCAAAAGCCAAUCUUGUUUCUGCCGUGGCCAUAUUUGUUAAUAUAAAGGAGCAUAUCAGAAGGGGAUUGAUUGUAGUUGUUAAUCCCGUGAGUUAUAAUGAACUCAAGGCCGUGUUCCGUGAAGUUAAAACGAUUAUUGAAAAAUUGUAAAAUGAGCCAGAAAUAAAAGAGAAAACUUGGAACAAUCUCCAAACUUUAAUAGGCUGUAUGUUCCCAAAGAGCCUUGCAUAAUGCUGUGCUUAUCACCAUGUGCACGUUAUAAAUUGCAUCUUUAACGUGAUGUUACUUGUGACAGCCUCUGGGUUUGAGCUAGAUCAUAUUUGGAUAUCAAAUGAAUAUUACCCCUUGAGCCAAAAAUACCCGUUGAUCUUUAUCCUGUCUAGUUUGGGAGAUAUGUAGCAUUAUCCAUAAGGAGAUCGUGAACCAACAUUGGAAGUAAGCUAGCUUGUUCGUUAGUAUCCACAUAGAUCCAUUUGUGGUUUCACGUGGGAAAAAGCGAGAUGCAAAACAAAACAAAAAAACCCUUGAGUUUAUAGUCUAGUUGUAGAAAUAAGGCAUAUACACACAGAAAUAUAAGCGCCAGUACCGACAGCGUAUAUAUGCUCGUAGCCAAAUGUGCCCUCUUGAUCCUUAAAGGGAGCAGGGAUUGCUACAGUGUAGACUGUUUAAUGUAAAAGGAAUAACUGUUUUCCCUAUUCCACCUGCAUGACACAACUCAUUCUACAACACGUAAACGGACCUGAGUCUCAGUCAAAAUGUCAUGUUAGUUUAUUUAAGUUUUUUAUCUCAGUACCACAUUUGGAGUUCUCAUAUUGUCAGGCUAUUUGGUUUAUGUCAGUGUCAUCUCUUACAGAAAGAAAGGAGGUUUACAGGGGAAACAUUCCCUGAGUGCCUACUCUAUGUCAGACACUGUUGGCACCACAUUUUACAGGUUUUUUUUUUUUUCUGUCUCUCACGAUGAUCCUGUUGGGUAGGCUACUAGUAUUUCUUUUUAUUCUAAGUCAUUAAUCUGGGUACUCUCCAGUGAGAAUCCGAGGGGUUUAAUUUUUUCCUACAUCCCCACAGCUGGCAAGUGGCAUAGCUGUUUUGUCUGGUAACCAUGUUUGUCUGAUACCGAAACCCACCGUCACCACACUGCCUUACAGUCCCCCUUCACUUUUUCCCAUGGUGGUCUUCAAGGCUCAGGGAUUAUUUGGUUUUAAUGGCUCAAUUCUGCUGUGGAUGAUGUCCCUGCCGGGCUUGCAAUUCUUAACAUCUAACUUUCUCCAAUCUGGCCAUGUCAGUUAGGCUUUUGGCUCCACCUGGCUGGAGGUCAGGAGAAAAGUCUGGGAUGUAUAGAUGGGUUUGGCCCAGCAGUGUCUGCGACAGUCGACCCAAAACGGCAGCUGUCUCAACCGACAAGAUGGUGAUUUCUGGAAGUCUGUAUGGCCCAGAAAGUAUUCCCAGGAGUUUGGCCUGUGGCUGAGUUCUGUAAGUCUUAUGGCAGGAAGUACAGCCCAUGGUCUGAGCUAAAGAGAAAGAUUCUGUGUGUGAAAGUAUCGGGUUAUACGCUUUAAGACUUUUACACAGUUAAAUGAAAUCAUGCUCUCAGUACUGUUUGUAACAUGCUUUUUCCCUAGCAGUAUAUUGUGAAAAUCUUUCCAUGUCAAUAAAUGUACUUAUAGAGCAUAAUCUUGAAUCGUGUAAUAUUUUGGUAUGUAGUCUCCCGAUUUUUUCCUUGCAUAUUUUCUAGUAUACAUAUGAACACAUUUAUUCUUUUGCAAAAAUGGGAGAGUGGUAUUCUGCAACUUGCUUUUUCCUCGUCAUUAUUUUCCUAAUUCAUUAUUGUAGAGAUCUGUCACAUGCUUUUUAUUAAGAGCUUCAUUGAGGUUUAACUGACAGACACUAAACUGCACGUAUUUGGUAAGUUUAGAGAUACGUAUUCAUGCAUGUCACCAUCACCACAAUCAAGAUAGCCACCAUAUCCAUCUCCCCCCAACAGCUACUUCCUGCCCCUUGGUAAUC